GCAUGGAUGCUGCAAUGCAAGGAGACGAGCUAGCUUCCUGUCAAAAGAAAAGGGCGCCGGAGAAGAACUUUGCUGGCAACAAGGGGGGGAUCUCGAGGCCAUGAAUCGAUGCUGAUUGAGCCAAACAUACUGCUAAGAAGUUUGCAACUUUUAGCCUGUCGUGCCAACGAACAGCAGCAUGCAGUGGCGCCUCUAUCCGUUUCUCGGAGACCAGAGUAGAUCUGGCAGCAAAUAUGUACGCAGCUUUUGACGUGUGCACUGUGCGGGAUCUUGGACGAUAGGAAAACGCAGAGCAAAGCGUCACAGCAAAAGCAGUGGUGAAAUCAGCUCUAUCAGUCAAUUGCAAAGAGUGCGCACUCUUUCCUGGUGUUUCACUGGGUGUCAGCGACAUGUACAUUCACACAAAGGCCGUCGGCAGUCCAGUGUGAAAAAGCCCGGAGCAUAAAUUGCCGAACUAUGCAGCUGCCUAGCGGCAGGUGGUAUUCGCUAAAGCUCACAGAUACCGCUCACUGGAUUGACGAAAGUACUGAUUGACACUAGUCCAGGAGUCACUCACCAGCUAACGAACAAUCCCAGCGUAACAGCGUCCAGCGAUCCUCUCUAGAAUUUUGCUAAGCAGAACCCGUGAAGCUGGGCCUCUGAGAUAUAGUUGACAAAGGCAACAGCCUUUCAGAAGCGAUGGAGCAUAUUGGGGUGACGUGAUGUCUUUAGGCAAUUGAAGCUGUUACCCUAAGGGAUGGGGAGCGUUUGGAGUUGACAUCCCCCAAAGGGACCACUGCAUAUGCUAGUGUUAAGGUCCCACUCUGUGCGAUGGAGACGGUGGAGUUGACACCGUAUCAUGAGGCCCCGUUUGGGCAGGCACUGUUGUCACGGGGCAAUUUGAGGCUGAUGCUAAGUGCAGGGUCGGCGCUUACACUGGCGAUUAUGGGCAGCUCGAUUCUUCCCAUCGCCGCGGCAUUCGCCUCCACAGGCGUCGUAUGCGCUGUCACCCUCAUGGGGGUUGUCGCUCUAGCCAAUCUAUACACGUGCGACCUGCUACUGCGUCAAGCAUACGUUGCUGGGAAGACCAACUAUGAAGAACUAGCUUACGCAGUGGGGGGCGAGCCUUGGCUGAUUGUGACGCAGCUCUCGAUCGUGGUUCUGCUGGUGGGGACCCUAGUGGGGGGGAUGGUUCAAGUGGGCCAGGCGGGUGCUGCGGCUCUCAACUUUUUUGCCGGAGCCUCGAUCCCGGCAUGGGUCUCAGAGGAUGACAAGUCGCGCUUCGUCACCUCGCUAGCGACUCUCUUGUUCGUCGCCCCGUUGUGCUUGGUCAAGCAACUCCGCCAGCUAGAGUACGUCGGGCACGCCUGUGUCCCAGCGGUUAUCUGGCUCAUGGUGGCCGUUACGGGGGACUCCCUUUCUGCGGGCCUUCCGGCGCUCGGUAACGAGCUCCGCAUUAUGGGCUUUGAUAGCAUCCAUGCAAUGUCCGGCGUCGUUGCGACCUUCGGCUUCACGUUCUACAUCCAGCCGAUCCUCAUGCCCAUGAUCGCAGAAAUGCCCCGAGGCGACGUUGGGAUCAAGAUCCUCGCUUGGUCCGCCCGUUUCGUGACGCUCGGGAACGCGUUUCUCACGUACUGUGUUCUGGGCUUCUUCGGGGCCGCUCGAUACGGCGCCGCGACAAAGGGAAACAUUCUACAGAACGAGUGGAUCGGAGGAAAGGGCUGGCAAGGUCUCCUCAACGUCUUUAUGUGCCUAUACAUUGCCGUGAGCGGCCCGCCCUCGGAAUUCCCGGUCCGCCAUACCCUGGACCUCUGGUUCGUGCGGCUUCUCACAAGAUUGGGCGUCGAGAAUGCGAAGUACCGAUUCAAAUGGAGGCGACACUUAGCGGAGACUUCCCUGGUAUUGGGCGCCUCUUUGGGGAUCGCUUUGGCGUUUCCCGACGACUCGGCGUGGGUGCUUUUGAUAACCGGGGCCACAGGCGUAUGCAUGGUGUCGUAUGUAAUACCCGUCGGGAAUCACCUGAUGAUGUACUACGGACUAGCUCGGUGUCAACGCGUUCUCAGGGCGGAGCUGAAACGGAACCCGUCGUUCCACUGGUGGGCGGACGUUUCGGUGCAUUCGCAGUUCCAUGGCCACGUGCUCCUCGAAAAGCUCCAAAGCACCGCCGUCGACCUGCACGACGCCUUGCCGCUUCUGGGUCCGAAUGCGGCGCAUGGAGCCCCGAACGUUUUGGAGUAUCGAAAAGAGCCCGCGCUCUCCGGACCGGUUGGCAUAGCGUAUGAGGCGCUCACACAAGUGUGCCUCCCCCUUCUAGUUCUCGUUAUCGGGUUAGUUAGUAGCAUUGCGGCGCUGACAACAGCGGACUAAGGAGCGGCAAACGAGGGGGUUGGCGCAUAGCCAGGUACAUGUGGUUUUGUACAUAACUUGGUGCACGAGAUGCCCGUAUAGAGAGUGAAUAUGUCAUUGAAGUUACGGUAUAAAGAAUGUAGUACGUUGUUAACGCCGAAGCGUCCAAAGCGGGCAACUGAAAUCGUCGGAUAAUGUCCAUAACAAAACCUAAAUGAAACGUACAGACAACUAUGCAGAAACAGGCAGCGAACGUUCUUGGAAUAUAGCUAAGAGGCAGGUUGACUCCACUUUUCUGGUCAGUCGCGCAUAUUACUAGUUUGCGGUGCGAGUUACGUACUCGCGUGGAUGGCAGAAGUCUAGCAGGCCGCUACAGCAACUAUCAUAGAAGCAGAAACUAGACUCGUAGAUUUGGGGAACCGUAUGAGAAGUAAGUGAGAAUACACGUCCGAGCUUAUCAUCUAGCUAGAAAAGCAGGACAAUAAAGGCCCGGGCACCAAGCUCUAGCCCGGGCGCUCAACACCUCAAAGUAGGGAGAUCCAACGCUACUUGGUUGCCUGGAUACUAAUUAUCAUACCAAUCGGGCGUUCAAUGCCAUGCCGCGCCUGUCACUGCGGCGGCGAGCCUG